ACACCGGAAGUGCCUCUACAUUUGAGCUAGCCCUGACUGGGAAUCCACGCUUGGACGUGAGUCGCGUUACUUUCCAUCAGGUUCUCUGGAGACUCGAACCCAGCUCACAUGUCGUCUCCUCUGUCGAAGCCUCAGAUCGUCGCGCACAUUCAGAAGAGUCUGAACUUCACCGUGUUCGACACCAAAUGGAUCCCGAGCAGCGCCAAGUUCGUAUGCGUGGGGAACUUCCCCCGAGGAACCGGAGUCCUGCAGAUCUACGAGGUCCAGCAGGGAGAAGCUCUGCUCAUCAGGGAGGUGGAGAAACCGAAGCCCAUCAAGUGUGCGACAUUUGGAGCGUCCUCUCUUCAACAGAGACACAUCGCCACUGGAGACUUUGAUGGAAAUCUCAAUAUAUGGAACCUGGAGGUACCUGACCUGCCCGUGUACAGCGUCAAGGCUCAUAAAGAAAUAGUGAACAGCAUCCAUGGUGUCGGUGGCCUGGGGAUCGGUGACGGUGCACCGGAGAUCGUCACCGGAAGCAGAGAUGGGACAGUGAAGGUUUGGGAUCCCAGACAGAAAGAUUCACCCGUAGCCAACAUGGAGCCGUUGGAAGGAGAAACCAAGAGGGACUGCUGGACUGUUGCAUUUGGCCACGCCUUCAACGAUCACGACCGCUGUGUGUGCGCCGGCUACGACAACGGGGACAUCAAACUCUUCGACCUGCGGAACAUGUCCCUGCGCUGGGAGACCAACAUAAAAAAUGGGGUCUGCUGUGUGGAGUUCGACAGGAAGGACAUCAACAUGAACAAGCUGGUGGCCACGUCGCUGGAGGGGAAGUUCCACGUGUUCGACAUGAGGACCCAGCACCCCACCAAGGGCUUCGACUCCGUGUCCGAAAAGGCUCACAAGUCGACCAUCUGGCAGGUGAGACAUCUACCUCAGAACAGAGACGUCUUCAUGACGGCAGGGGGAGCAGGAAACCUACAUCUGUGGAAAUAUGAGUAUCCUGCUCAGAGAAGCAAGCCGGACUCUGAGGGCGUGGACAUGGGCGUGGCCGGCAGCGUCAACCUCCUGCAGAAUGUCACUCUGUCCACGCAGCCAAUCGCAAGCCUGGACUGGAGCCCGGACAAGCAGGGCCUGUGUGUGUGCUCAGGGUUCGACCAGACGGUCCGUGUGCUCAUCGUCACCAAACUCAACCAGGUGUGAGACGGUCGACCACAACAGACACUGAUGCUGUGUGCAGCCUGAACCUCACGGGGUUAAAUCCCUUUUUCUGAGGCGGAUUUGUUCCUCUGGUCGUCUUUGGAUCGAUGUUUUCAUGCUGCGGGUCUGAUUCUCAUCGUUUGACCUAACGUGCCAGAAAAGAAUUAAGAUCAACUGAACAGUGAGAUGUUUGUUUUUGGAUUUCUCUCUGUGCUUGGUUUAAACUCAGAGCCGAUGUUAUCCUCUAGUGCUGAGACACCUCCCUGUUUCCUGUGCCUCUGUUCAGACGGAUGAAUGAGUCUCACAGCUUCCAGUUCAGAGUAAUACUUUGGGGAUAAAGAUCUAACUUCUUCCACUAGUUCCAUUUUUGAGGCCUGCUCACUGAAGAGCUUGUCUCUCGUUGCACUAUGGCUGCUCACUUUGUGUAUAACUCUGUUUUCAAAUUAAAUCUGCUUUUGAAGGAAAUAAGA